UCGAAUCGAUCCGGUACAACUGAAUUUCCGGUUCACUGGAAGAGAUAUUCUCACCGUCGACUUCGUUAUAUCCGAUUUGAAGCAUUGUUCGUGCAGUCAAAAGUACGGCGGCGCUUCUCUCCUAUUACUCCACUCAGUACUAACUUUCAAAUUCCGAGUAAAUUAGGGCACUCGAAUCUGAUUACACGUGGAGGCUUCUUAUUGGUGAUGUCGUCAUCAAAUUGAAUUUGUAAAAGCCUCUAAUCUAGACAGAGGGUUUACAGGGUAGUAGUAGUGAAUGAAUGAUGUGAGAUCGGAGUUUUGGAGAGUUUCAGAGAAAGAGAGACGGAGAGGUGAAAGAUGAUAAAGGCAGUGAUGAUGAUGAACACACAAGGCAAGCCACGGCUAGCUAAAUUCUACGAUUACACGCCUGUGGAGAAGCAGCAGGAGCUGAUCCGCGGCGUGUUUUCAGUACUGUGCAGUAGACCUGAGAACGUAAGCAAUUUUCUGGAGAUCGAUUCGUUGUUUGGCCCGGACUCUCGGCUUGUAUACAAGCACUAUGCUACACUCUAUUUUGUGCUUGUAUUUGAUGGUUCUGAAAAUGAGCUUGCUAUGCUUGAUCUCAUUCAAGUUCUUGUUGAAACACUGGACAAAUGCUUCAGCAAUGUCUGUGAACUCGACAUUGUGUUCAACUACAGCAAGAUGCACGCAGUGUUAGAUGAGAUUGUAUUUGGAGGACAGGUACUAGAAACUAGUUCUGCCGAAGUCAUGAAAGCUGUUGAAGAAAUAUCAAAAUUAGAAGCUGCCUCAAAUUCAAUUUCACUUGUGCCGAAGUCUGUUUCCGGCUGGCGUGGCCGAUAAGCUUUAAAGCUUCCUGAACUGUCACUGGAAACAAGAAGUCAGACAAAACAUGUAUAACAAAGGUGUUUUUAUACAUGUCUGGAUCCAAAGUCCAAACAUGUUUUGUUUAGUUACCACCAAAUGUUUCGUGGAUGGGCUCAAUGGUCUAACCGUGGGCCUAAGAAUUGUAACUAGGGGGAUGGAUGGGAACUGCAUGCUGUUUGAGAAUGUAACAAAAACGAGGAGAAGUUAAGAUCUAUAAAAUGUUAAACAAUGUCCACAUUAA